ACAUGAGGAUGAUGACAGUGAUAUUUUUUAUUAGUCGUGCUUUUGUAAACAACACGCAGACCAUUUUUUUACAUAAAUGGCAUAAAAAAGCAAGGGUAUGACUGGGCUACUGUAUUCCUUUCCACUGACAUCACCGUGGUUACAAACUGAGAUAGAGGAAGACCAGUCAAAACUGACUAACUGUUUGAAGCUGUUAAAUAAAGAGAAUUGUCCUUUGGUUUUUCUUGGAGAAGGUCAAUGUGGUAAGACAGUUUUGUUAUUUCAAGCGGCAGUGGCAUACGCCAGUCAAGAUUAUCAUGUGACAUACAUUAGCCGCAGUCCUCUUACUCAGAUGCCAUUAUCCGUGCAUGGUAUGACGAGACCCGAGACUGCAGGUUUACUCAAAACCCUCACAUUUAUGUAUAUAAACAAAGUGCAGAAUCUGGUUGAAUUUUGUGCUUCAAUCCACUCGAAAUCUCUUGUACCGGACAUGCUGAUUGUUGAUGACCUUGACUUUUAUCUACAACAAUCUAUGGAUCCUAGUCCAGAGGUUGGAUGUGCUCGACUAUGUGCCAUUCUAGAAGACACUUUGUCAUAUAUACAGACUAAAAGUUGUGCUGGCAUGAUGAUGCUAGGAUGCCGAAAGAAAUUCAAGUUUAUCACACAAAUCUUCAAACAGUUUCGUCUAGCUGUAGCAGAUAUUACAAGUAAUACACCAGUCAUUUGAUACUCUUUGUCCCUACUGCACCUU